UCAAGAAGACGUAAUUUUUGUCGAAGAAAACCAGUUCGAUGCAACGAAAUAGAGGAGGAGGAGCACGAGCACGAGCACAAGCACGAGCACCCGGAUCGGCAAGCAGGAUAUGGAUAAUAGAAACGUCGUCGUAUGCGACAACGGCACCGGAUAUGUUAAAUGUGGUUUUGCUGGAGAGAAUUUUCCAACCUCUGUAUUCCCUUGUGUGGUAGGGAGGCCUUUGUUGCGAUAUGAAGAAUCCCUCAUGGAACAACAGCUGAAGGACAUUGUUGUUGGAGAAGCUUGUGCAGAUUUGCGGCAUCAAUUGGAUAUAUCUUAUCCUGUCCACAAUGGUAUUGUGCAGAACUGGGAUGAUAUGGGACAUGUGUGGGAUCGUGCUUUUUACCAUGAAUUAAAAAUCAACCCAACAGAAUGUAAGAUCUUACUCACAGAUCCGCCUCUUAAUCCCUCAAAAAACCGUGAAAAAAUGGUAGAGACCAUGUUUGAAAAGUACAACUUUGCUGGUGUUUUCAUUCAAAUCCAGGCUGUUUUGACUUUGUAUGCUCAAGGUUUACUUACUGGAUUGGUUAUUGACUCUGGUGAUGGUGUCACUCAUGUGGUAACCUCUGACAACCUUUUAUUCACUAAAAUCAGCAGUGUUUCAGACUAUUCCAAAUGUGUCUCCAUUACCUCAUUGUACAUUUGGAUGAACUCAUCCUAUCUUCCUGAUGGAAGGGUUAUUAAAGUUGGCACAGAACGGUUCCAGGCCCCAGAGGCUCUUUUUACACCAGAGCUCAUAGAUGUUGAAGGUGACGGAAUGGCUGACAUGGUUUUCCGCUGCAUUCAGGAAAUGGAUAUUGACAACAGGAUGAUGCUCUACCAGCAUAUUGUUUUAAGUGGAGGCAGCACCAUGUAUCCUGGAUUACCUAGUCGCCUGGAGAAAGAAAUCCUGGAUCGAUAUCUUGAAGCAGUUCUGAAGGGAAAUAAAGAUGGGCUAAAGAAACUGAGGUUGCGGAUUGAGGAUCCACCACGAAGAAAACACAUGGUGUACCUUGGAGGUGCAGUUCUUGCAGGCAUUAUGAAAGAUGCACCUGAAUUUUGGAUUAGCAGAGAAGAUUAUCUGGAGGAAGGAAUUCGUUGUCUAAUCAAGUGCGGCCAGGCCUAAGUUCUGGAUACCAGUCUGCCUGUGACCUACAAGCAAAGGUGUGGCCUAGGCUUAAGUUUUAGAUACCAGUUUGCAUGUGACCUACCAGCAAAGGUGUUGAAGCCACUCGUAAGUAAGGGACUGAUGCUAAGUUUAGUCUCAUUUAUAACGAUCUGCCAUGUGUAAAAUUGUUCCCAGUGUAUAGGAUAAUUUAUUAAAGUCAAUAAUUACUGGCAGUGGCUUUUCAAUUCCUCAGCCUUGUACCAUUAUAACCAGAAAGAUUAAAACAAAAUAAUAGAUUCUUUCCUGUUUAAUUUCCUUUUUUGUAAUAAUUAGAAAAAUGUAUAAUUCAAAACUUAUACUCAUUUUGGC